AUGCUCUCCACCGCCACCGCCUCCCGCAUCGCCCGCCGGCAACUUCCCUCCCCGCGACACCGGCAAGGCCUUCACCCUCAUGGUCAACGUCACCGACCUCGCCUGGAACCUCGUCCGCUCCUCCCCAUGCACCAGACCUUCCUGACCGUGCUGCACCGCGACCCCUCCCGCAACUACAUCGGCGUCGCCCACAACAGCGGCCACCCGGCCACCUUCUUCAUCAACGGCACCGACGCCGAGGCCGCCCGCGGUGACACCCGCAUGCUCGCCGAGGUCGGCGAGCCCGGCAUUCCCUUCAGCACGCAGUUCACGCCGGUCAACGGGCACUUCGUCAACCAGGUUGGCGAGCUCAACGCGGGCCCGUCGGGGGAGCGCGUCACGGUCACCUCGGCGGACCCGGCGUCCAGCGUGUCGCUGUCCAGCCCGGGCCUGUGCGUGCAGGAGGUGGACGGCGAGCAGCACCCGGUGCUGCACAUCUUCUACGUCGGCAACGACCAUGAGCGCAUCCCCAAGGAGUGCGUGCCGGUCAACCUCAUCCCCCAGUGCGCCGAGUAG